CCUCCAACAAUCACUUUUUCCAUUCUCGGUGUCUCUAGUAUCCAGAGCUCCAGGUUGAGCUGUCUCUCUAAUGGACCCCGCCAUCACUGCUGCGCUUCAAGAAUGCAGAGAUGAUAUCCCGUUCCGCGCGACCAGGAAUCAUACCCAGUCAACAUGGGCGCGCACCUUCCACUCCUCCCCCGAACUCUAUAUCCAACCUCAAUCCAUCGAGGAAGUCGAGAAAGUCGUCAGUCUAGCAAGGCGAUGCAGGCGCAGGAUCACAACGGUUGGAUGUGGGCACUCGCCCUCUGACAUAACCUGCACGUCUUCCUGGCUCGUGAACCUCGACAAAUUCAACAAGAUCCUGAGCGUGGAUAAGGAGAGCUGUGUGGUAGUGAUGCAGAGCGGGAUACGUCUGUUCAAGGUCGGGGAGGAGCUGGACAAGGUUGGUUUGGCCAUGCCGAAUCUGGGAAGUAUAAAUGACCAGAGUAUUGCUGGUGCAAUAUCGACGGGCACGCAUGGGAGUACGCUGCGUCAUGGGAUAUUGUCGCAAUCAAUUCUGGCUUUGAAGAUUACACUUGCGAAUGGCCAGACGGAGACUUGCUCGCCAACUCAAAACCCAGACCUGUUUCGCGCAGCACUCAUUUCGCUGGGCGCUUUGGGGAUCAUCGUUGAGAUAACAUUCCAAGCGGUACCGGCGUUUACUCUAGCAUGGAAACAGGUUGUGGAUACGGAUUUGAAGAUGUUCAAUUCAUGGGAGAGGGAAUUAUGGACUCAGACCGAGUUCGUACGAGUCUGGUGGUUUCCGUAUACAAGACGAGCCGUAGUCUGGACAGCAGAAAAGACAGACGAAGCUCCAAAACCACCACCGAAGAGUUACUACGACGCCUGGCUCGGCUAUCACGUCUAUCACAACCUUCUCUAUCUCGCGCAGUACGUACCACGAGUACUACCCUGGAUAGAAUGGUUCGUCUUCGGCAUGCAAUACGGCUUCCCCAACGGCUCAAGCACAUCCGCCAUCCAACCCUCCCGACAAGCCCUCCUCAUGAACUGUCUGUACAGCCAAUUCGUCAACGAAUGGGCCCUCCCCCUCCACAAAGGGCCCGAAGCCCUCCGCCGCCUCAGCUCCUGGCUCAACCACCUCCACCCCUCCGACCCAGACUACGUCCCCCACGGGAUCCCCUACUCCGCCGAGGGCCUCUACGUGCACGCCCCCAUCGAAGUGCGCGUCACCGAGACGUCGACCUCCACCACCCCCCGCCCACACCUCGACCCGACCUGUACGGAGGAAGCAACGCUCUAUCUAAACGCCACGCUGUACCGCCCGCGCAACUCGGACCCGCCGUGCCAUUACCGCUACUACCAGGGCUUUGAGUACCUGAUGCGCGAGCUAGGCGGGAAGCCGCACUGGGCGAAGAACUUCGAGUGUACGGGGCAGGACAUCGAGGAGAUGUACGGGGAGAAACUGCUCGAGUGGAGGCGGAUCCGCGAGGGUGCUGAUCCCGAGGGGAUGUUUGUUGGGGAGUGGCAUAGGCGGCUUAUUCUAGGGGAUGGGCCGAGAUUGGCGCUGGAGGAGUGUGAGGUGGGGAGGACGAAGUUGAGGAGGGGAGGCGUGCUGAUUACGGGCGAGGUGUGGGAUGAUGAGUGUGAGAAGGGGGGGUUGAGUGGGAAUAGUAGUGAGGAGAGUUUUGAUCAUUUGAGAGAGAGUGACGUGACGAUUACUGCAUGAUUGGAUAAGUAUGAAGUAUAUAGGUUAUGGGACGGUUGGCAAAGCUCAAGAGCUGGAUUGAUGACUAGAUUUCGUGCAUCUUAGUGGAUCAUAGAAUCACUGCUCUGUGAAAGUAUCUAGAAGACGAGAAAUGUAGAAAGAAGAGGUGCGAUUGUAUAUUCC